UAACUAUAAUCCUUAUUCAAGAUAUAUCCUUCUGCAGAUCAAGCAAAUUCUAAUUUUGAAAGAAUUUCUGCAAAUGUGAAUUCAACUUCCUUUUAUCUAAGAAUAAAAAUGUCCGCUGUGGUGGUGAUUAGAGACGAGGGACACUUCCAGACCGAGUUGGCCAACGCUGGACCUAAACUGGUUGUUGUGGACUUUACGGCCAGUUGGUGUGGUCCCUGUAAACGUAUUUCACCAUUCUUCGAAGAGCUUUGUGCAAAGUACCCUAGAGCAGUAUUUCUCAAGGUUGAUGUUGAUGAGUGCCAGGAUACUGCUGCCGCCCUCAGUGUAUCUGCAAUGCCAACCUUCAUAUUCUUCAGAAAUAAGACAAAGAUUGACAGAAUUCAGGGAGCUGAUACUAACGCACUAGAAGAGAAGGUGAAGCAGCACUAUGGAGAGGAAGGUGCAGAAGAGGAGGAUGCCGGGGUUAAAGGGUUUAUGGAUCUGAACACAUUCUUGAUGAAGGCCCAGUGUGAGUGUUUGAACGAAGACGACGAGCACCCCUACACACAUUGUCUUACUUCAGGAGGGGGAUUCCUGCAAUCUGAUUGUGAUGAACAGUUGAUCCUGGCUCUAGCCUACAACCAGGCGGUGAAACUGCACAGUAUCAAGAUUAAGGCUCCAGCAGAUAAAGGGCCUAAAACGCUGAGACUAUUUAUUAAUCAACCGAACACACUGGACUUCGACAAAGCAGACUCCAUGACGUCAACACAGGAUAUAGUACUAACCCCGGGUCAGCUGGAUGGAUCUGUGAUUCCUCUCAAGUUUGUCAAGUUCCAAAACGUGCAGAAUGUCCAGUUCUUCAUCAAGGAUAAUCAGAGCGGAGGAGAAGUCACACAAAUCGAUCACUUGUCUAUCGUUGGAACUCCGAUUACUACAACAAAUAUGGGAGAAUUCAAGAGAGUUGCUGGAAAGAAGGGAGAAUCUGAGUAAACUCAAUAACAAUCAUGAUCAAUCCCAUCAUUUGAUCAAUUACUCCUCCACUGAUCAAUCCCAUCAUUUGAUCAAUUACUCCUCCACUGAUCAAUCCCAUCAUACUUCAUUUGGUUUAAAAACAUCAAUAUUUGAUCAGAAUAUCUUCAAAUUAAGAUUCUCAUGAUCAAAUCUGAUCAUUCAUUACACAACUCAGUCAGUUGAUUUUGAAUUAACUCUUGAUCAAGUCAUCCAUAAAAAAACAAGAUUUAUUUUGUUUAAGAUUAACUAAAAGAUUUUAAGUCAAAAUUUUGUCAGCUAAUGAUAAAAUAUGCCACAUGGAAAUUUCUACGACUACAUCAAUUUCCAACAUUGAUUUUGCCUACAAUACAACAAUAAAAUAUA